UCACACAAUACCUAGCAUCUAGUAACAGUUCAUUUCAACUAAACAAUUUUUUAGAUAAAAGUGGAGUUCCAGGUGUUGUCAGUGCAAGGACGGGUUAUGAUAUGUCCCCUUUCAUUCGAAGAUAUGCCAGAUAUCUUAACGAGAAAGCUAUGUCGUAUAGAACGGUCGCAUUUGAUUUUUGUAAAAUCAAAAGAGGAAAAGAAGAUGGUAUGUUGAGAACAAUGAACGCUGAAAAACUUCUAAAAACAAUUCCGGUUCUUCAAACCCAGUUAGAUGCUUUGUUGGAAUUUGACUGUUCGGCAAACGAUUUAUCAAAUGGUGUUAUUAAUAUGUGUUUUAUGUUGAUGUUCAGGGACCUAAUUAGGCUUUUUGCGUGUUACAAUGAUGGUAUUAUUAAUUUAUUAGAAAAAUACUUCGAUAUGAACAAAAAACAAUGUAAAGAAGCUUUAGAUAUUUACAAAAAAUUCUUAGUGCGAAUGGAUAGGGUGGGCGAAUUCUUGAAAGUAGCCGAAAACGUUGGAAUAGAUAAAGGUGAUAUUCCCGAUUUAACUAAAGCUCCUAGUAGUCUUUUGGAAGCUUUGGAACAACAUUUACAAUACAUGGAAGGCAAAAAUAAAUCGAGUACUUCUACUACUGUUACAACUCAGUCUACUAGCACAAUAACAACCAGCAAUCAAAAAAAUGUUAGAUCUGGAGUUAGCGCUCUUUCAUCAACGAGUUCUAGUUUUGGUGCUGCCAAUGGACGUUUAGAUUCACAUGGAAAUGGUAUUGAUGAAAGUCUUAAAUUAAAAGCUUUACAAGAGGAAGAAGAAGCAAUAAAUCAAUUUAAUAAAUCAAAACAAACAACUCACACUAUCACCGGAAAUUCAAAUAACAACCCAUUCUUGGGCACAACAACCAGCAGUAGUACAUCAUCUUCUCAAUCGACACCCGUUGUUGAUUUCUUUGGAGCAGAUCCCAUUCCAACAGCCAUUCAAAGCAAAGCUUCUGAUGAUUUACUUCAACUUAGCAAUCCGUUUUCCGAUGCUUUUGGACAAACAACAACUACAAUGCCAGCAAUAUCGACAAUGCCAGCGCUUAAUAUGUACCCACAGGCAAAUCCAUGGAUGACCAAUGGAUUUUCAUCUGUUCAAUCUGUCCAAUCGGUUCAACAACCAACACCAUUAGCUGGACCGUUUGUAUCAGAAAGCAAUUUUAAUUCGGUGUUUGGAAAUAAUGAUUCAUCCAAUACUUUUGAUUCGUUAGGCGGUGUCUUGCAACCGACGUCUUUGACUUCAAACUCGAGCUCAACCGGUUCCCAUUUGACCAACAAUAAUGGCAACAACAAUAACAUUCAACAUAAUCAACAAUCUCAACAACAACAGACCAGUGCCUUAAUUACCGGGGAUUUGGAGUCUAGUCUUGCUUCGUUAGCUGAAAAUUUGUCUAUACAUAAUAGACAACCGGUUAAAAGCGUUCAAUGGAAUUCGCCUAAAAACGGAUCAAAAGUAAGCAAUAAUUGGACUCCUCAACCAAUGGCAGCGACAACUGGAGCUGGUUAUAAACCGAUGAAUCAAUCGAUGUCGAUGACACAACAAGUUAGCAUGCAACCAACUUUAUUUCCUACAAUGCAACCACAAUUAGUGGGAAUGCGUCCAAUGGUAUCUCCAAUGCCAAAUCCGAUAAUGCAAUCGAGACCAGGAGGAAUGCCACAAGCGCCGAAUUCAAUGAAUCAACAAUCGUUACUAUUCCACUAAAAUAAUAAGUAAAAAGAAAAAAAUAAUAAUGAGUCGUAACGUAUCUGUCGUUUAAAAAAGUAAAACAAAUCGUGGUAUAAAUAUUUUUUCUUAAACAUUUUUUUUGUAUAUAAUGUAAAUCAGCGUUAACCGACACAAUCAACAGUACAAUAACUCUUCUGUACAUAUCCAUUGUUUCUCCCAAAAUAAAUAAAUAACUA